CAACCCGGCAACCAAACACACGAAGAAACCGUGGCUGAUAAUGCAGCCCUCAGGGCGGCUUUUCGCGCCUACCGCAACGAGCGGAGGCGCCUCUACGGCCGGGCCGAGCCAAAGCUUCCCGGACUCGACGCCUACACCCCGGAUCAGCUCUAUUUUGUGGCGACGGCUAUGUUCCACUGUGGCGAGCACAGCGAUGGCGAUCUUGAGGGGUACAUGGCGGACGAGCAUCCGAUUGGCUACAUUCGUGUCAACGAGAUGAUGAAAAACUCGAAGGACUUUUCCCUUACAAGUGUACAG